AUGUGCUCUCCAUUUUCUCUUCCAGUUACAUGUGCUCUCCUUUUUCUCUUCCAGUUACAUGUGCUCUCCUUUUUCUCUUCCAGUUACAUGUGCUCUCCAUUUUCUCUUCCAGUUACAUGUGCUCUCCUUUUUCUUCCAGUUACAUGUGCUCUCCUUUUCUUCUUCCAGUUACAUGUGCUCUCCAUUUUCUCUUCCAGUUACAUGUGCUCUCCAUUUUCUCUUCCAGUUACAUGUGCUCUCCUUUUCUCUUCCAGUUACAUGUGCUCUCCUUUUUCUCUUCCAGUUACAUGUGCUCUCCAUUUUCUCUUCCAGUUACAUGUGCUCUUCAUUUUCUCUUCCAGUUACAUGUGCUCUUCAUUUUCUCUUCCAGUUACAUGUGCUCUCCAUUUUCUCUUCCAGUUACAUGUGCUCUCCAUUUUCUUCCAGUUACAUGUGCUCUCCUUUUCUCUUCCAGUUACAUGUGCUCUCCAUUUUCUCUUCCAGUUACAUGUGCUCUCCAUUUUCUCUUCCAGUUACAUGUGCUCUUCAUUUUCUCUUCCAGUUACAUGUGCUCUUCAUUUUCUCUUCCAGUUACAUGUGCUCUUCAUUUUCUCUUCCAGUUACAUGUGCUCUUCAUUUUAG